UUUUUUGUAUUAACCUCUCCAUCAUCCCCACUCACAUCCACUCUCUCACUAACGUAUUCGCAACAGUACAUCCAUAGACCUCCCGAUACAAAAAAAGCAAGACCAUUUAAAUAAGAAAAAAUGGGACUCAUGAAAAAGAUCAAGGGCUCGUACAUGUUUACGCACAUGGAGGUCGGCAAGUACACAAAGCGCCGAGGAGCCAGCACCUCGCGCGAAAGCAUUGACGCGCACGCCACCACCGCCGGCCAUGGAACCAUCCGCGCAGCCACCACCGAGUUCAUCAGUGAGUUCGACCGAGCAGCCGAGGAAGCGCAGAGGGAGGAACAAUGGCAAGCAGAGGAGCAGAAAUGGCGCCAGCACAGACACGAGCAAAAGCUACGCCACGCUCGUGCAAACAGCAUCGAAACCCUAUCAGCCGACCACCUCGAAGAGGCGCACUCUGCAGAAAUCCACCAGAAGCAGAAGCAGCCGGCGUUGAGCCGGUAUAAAUCAUCCAUGGAGCUGUCCGCCUCCCAGCGCUACCAGCAGAUUCCGCCGGGCGCCAGCAGCGGCUCUCUUCCGUAUGCCUCAGUGCAGUCGCCGCAGUCCGGCUCCUCCCGCACCACCGCUGUGUCGACCCCGCAGGCGUCGCCGUUCGAGGGAGACGCGGGCGCCUUUGACGCUGAGCCUGUGCCGCGGUCCCGGCCCAGGGGCGCGCGCACAGCGCGGUCCAACAUGGACAUGCAGUCUGUGUACUUUGCGCCCGGCCGUAACGUUACAAUGACCAACCAGCAGAAACAGCGCGUGUCCGUCUACCCAAUGGCUGAUGAAAAGCCGCAGUUCAAUAAGAAUUCGGCGUCAUCCAUGGACUACUACGUGUUUACGCCGACGCGCCGCGAUCUGUCUGCGAUGCCGCUGGACUCGAAGCGCAGGACUAGGGGGGUUAUUGCUCCCGAGGAGAUGAUGGCGCCGGAACUGCAUCAGAAUGAGGUUGAUGCGGAGGCUGAGAAGGCGUCGAAGAAUCCGUUUGUUGAGCGGAGGAUGAAGGCUAGAGUGCUGGUUAAUGAGGGCUGGGAUAGUGCAUCGCCGUUUACUGAUCCGCUUAUUGGGUCUGGCCGCGGCGGUGUUGAUCCAAAUGACCCUCGCAAGUACCUCAAUACCCCUAUGUAUGCCAACCAGGCAGGCACUGGCGGAGUGGAUCUGCUGGCAUAACCUUUUUUCUUUUUCUUUUUUCUUUUCUUUUUCUUUUUAUUUCGUUUGUUUGUUAUUCUUUUUCUUUUUUCAUUUCAUCUAUUGUUUUUAUGUCGUUAA